AUUCCACUGAAAAUGAAACAGGUGACCUUUAUGUUGGUAAGGUAUUUAUAUCAUGGCAAGAAGUCACAAUAUUUCUCAAUGAUUUUUGUUUGCAAAGAGGAUUUGGAUACAGAAAAAUUCAGUCAAUGAAACAUGAUGUUACAGAGGAAGCUGCAAAAAGAACCUUUUUAUGUAAGCAUGCGGGCAUAAACAAACCAAACAAAACUGUACCUCUUAAUGAACAGCAUAAUAGAACUUCAUAUAAAGUGAAUUGCUCAUGGCGAGUCAAUAUCAGUAAAAAAGGUGAAGGAAUUUAUGUAUUAAUAGAAGAUAUGUUGGCCGAUAUACAGUUUUGGACACUUGAAGCUAUUGAUCUGGAAUGGGUUGUAGAAUAUCAAUUAGAUUCAAUAUCACGAUCUCUUACACAUAUUUUAUGGAUGGAACUACAACAAGUUGAAUUAUAUAUUCGAUAUGGUUCA